AUGCAGCUCCUCCCGUCUCCCUCCCACAACGGCACCAAGACUGAAAUGGAUGCUAAAAAGCCAAGGAAAGGCAGUUUGACAUCCUUCCCGAUUUUGAAAGCAACAAAGAAACAAAAUCUCACCUCUGUGAAGGUUGAGAGUAAGCCUUUGCUUCAAAUCCAGAAACCACCUACCAAGGUCAAGAACUUCAGGAUGACCCAGUUCUUGAAUAAGAACACUAACACCAGCUUCACUUCGCUGCCUUUCAUGGACACCAAGGGGAAGAAGACCAUGGUGAGCUUCUCACACAUCAGUAGUAAACUCCCACUAAAGCAGCCCUCGCUGUAUCAGGAGAAUCAAGCUCCCCAUCAGAAGUCUUCUGAGCUCAAGCCUUCUGAGACGGUCUUCCCUUUGAACGUGAAAACCCAAGACACCAGAGCAGAGGAGAAGCCGCCAAAGAAGCCCAAACACAAGGUGCCUCUGACAGCGGCAGAGGCCCUAAAGUUUUUUAAGAAGCAGCUGUCUUCUUACGAGCAAAGUGAGAUCCUGGGCUACACAGAGCUGUGGUUCCUGGGUCUGGAAGCCGAGAAGCUCCACAUGGCUCCGGAAAAAUUCAGCAAGACAAGUUUCGAUGAUGAACAUGGCUCCUACAUGAAGGUCCUGCACGACCACAUCGCCUACCGCUAUGAGGUUCUGGAGAUGAUUGGAAAAGGCUCCUUUGGACAGGUGGCCAAGUGCUUGGAUCAUAAAAACAAUGAAUUGGUGGCCUUGAAAAUCAUCAGGAACAAGAAGAGAUUUCACCACCAGGCCCUGGUGGAGCUGAAGAUCCUAGAAGCUCUCAGACGGAAGGACAAAGACAACACCUACAAUGUGGUGCACAUGAAGGACUUCUUCUACUUCCGCAAUCACCUCUGCAUCACCUUUGAACUCCUGGGAAUCAACUUGUAUGAGUUGAUGAAGGACAACAGUUUCCAAGGCUUCAGUCUCACCAUCGUUCGGCGCUUCACCCUCUCUGUCCUGAAGUGUUUGCAGAUGCUCUACAUGGAGAAGAUCAUUCACUGUGACCUCAAGCCCGAGAAUAUAGUGUUGUGCCAGAAAGGCCAAGUCUCUGUUAAAGUCAUUGACUUUGGAUCAAGCUGUUAUGAACACCAGAAAGUCUACACCUAUGUCCAGAGCCGGUUCUACCGAUCCCCAGAGGUGAUCCUGGGCCAUCCAUACAACAUGGCCAUUGACAUGUGGAGCCUGGGCUGCAUCAUGGCCGAGCUGUACACGGGCUACCCACUGUUCCCCGGGGAGAACGAGGUGGAGCAGCUGGCCUGCAUCAUGGAGGUGCUGGGCCUGCCACCAACCCGCUUCAUCCAGACGGCCUCCAGGAGACAGAUGUUCUUUGAUUCCAAAGGUUUCCCUAAAAAUAUAACCAACAACAGGGGGAAAAAGAGAUACCCGGAUUCCAAGGAUCUCACCAUGUUGCUGAAAACCUGUGACACCAGCUUCCUGGACUUUCUCAGAAGGUGUUUGGUCUGGGAGCCCUCUCGUCGCAUGACCCCUGACCAGGCGCUCAGGCAUGCUUGGAUUCAUGAGCCUCGGAACCUCAAAGCUCAGCCCAGGCUUCAGACCUUGAGGAGAACGAGCUUCUGUUUCCCCUCUGAGUCCAGGAAGGACAGAGUUCAAGCACAGCAUCACUUGGGCAAAAAAGAUGUGGUCCUCCAAGUAGAGGCUAAAGACAAAAUCAAAGAUGGCACCACCAAACAGGAUGAGAAUCCAGGCAACCAGCGAGGCUCUGGCCAGCACACAGCCGAGGUGAUCCUUCUGCCUCAUCUGGCAGAAGCUUCUGGAAAGCCAGAGGUGGCUGUUGGGCCAGUGGAGUCCAAGACCUCCGCAGGACAACAGAACAAAAAGUCCUCCCCCAAGAACACAAAUGCUUUACCACCUAUUGUGUGA